AUGCGCCGCGCCGCAACGUUAUUACAGCUACCGCUGUUCCUCGCAGCGCAGGCUAUAGGCAGCGAGGAUGUUAAUUACGACCCAGAUGAGAAUUACCGGCCGCGGAACGUGACGGGUUUGGAUUAUUACUAUUAUCCAUGGAUUGGCUCGUACUACAACGGCAGCGCCGUAUUCACCAUCUCCGACGUCGAGCCUCAAGACGACCGCAGCGAUUCCGAGAUCGAAGAGGAGGGGGAGUUGGAACUCUGCGGGCAGUUGCGGAACAUCACAUACACGUGGUCGUACCCAGCAAUCCUAGCGAUCACAGAGACAGAACCGGAAGAUGAGCGACCGAAGAACACAAACCCAAUCGAUGUUUCGCUGUUCACCUCGUACUCGAACUUCACGCAGUAUUUUAGCGAUUAUAUGGAUUCCAGCAACAUGCAGACUCGGGAUGUGCCCUUUAUAUUUGAGUCGAUUGAGAUGUCGCGUUAUUCAUUCCCCACGAGUAGAGACACGAAGCCAGAUUUUAACCUGACUGUCGCCGAGGACACUGGGAAUGAGCUCCCUUUUCGAGUGACAGGGAGCUCGGAGCUAGAGCAAAACCCGCUUGGUACUUUGCAGAUGAAUAUGUCGACCUGCUCCCGUACCGAGGGAUGGUGGGGUGUCGUUCCCAUUUCACUCGAUGAUGACCUUGACGACGUUAGCGGCGGGACAAACCCGACCGUGCAGCUGACAUUUGACGACUCUUCGGCAAGUUUCAGUAUUCGAUCGUGGAUUGUCGCGAAUACCUUAGCCGAAGAGGAUGAGGAGACGCCAAGAAUUUCCGCUAGGUUGACGAUCGAGUUCUUAGGGAGGAUUGAUGCUGCGCGCUCGGAUGUCUUAAACGAGGGAACUCCAGUGAUAUGGACACCGAGCAUGGGGUUCGGGAAUAAUUCCCUGAGUUUGGAUUAUGAAUCCGGUGCGCUUGCCGCAGCCGGAGUGAACAUUCGUCAGAUCUGGAGCAUCCUGGGGGCUGUUUUAGCAUACAUCUUCAUAUAA